AUUAGGAAAAUUUAAUAUUAGGCAUCCAAAAUCUUCUUCUACUAAUUGUAGAAAAGCUUUACCUAUUUCUCCUGCUGAAUUGGCUGAAAGAUUGAGAGAUCCUUCAUCACAUGAACAUAUUCGUGAAUCUUUCAACGUAAAUCUUCCUACCCUUCUUAUUAAACGUUAUCGUCGUGGAAAUAUGAGCAACUUUUCUUUGGUUUCUUUCAUAACUACUCCUGAAGGACGUGAUAGAUAUCUCGAUAAAGUUCAAGAUGAUGCUUCUAAAUUUAAUAAUGAUAUUAUAAUUUUUGAUGAAACUAUGGAUGAAAAUGAUAAAGUUAGUCCUGGUUGGACUUUAUUAGGUGUUUUGGAACGACGUGUUUAUUGGCUUAGAGGUGGUUUUGAAGCUUUUAGAUCUUGGGAUCAACCUGGUGAAUUCUUAGUUACAGGUCCUGAUGUUGGAGCUUUUUCGGAUAAUAAUGAUCCAAAUUAUAAUUCUUCUUUAAUGGAUCUUGAAGUUAGAAGAGAUUCUUUAUUUUCUGUUAAUACUGAACGUAAUUCUUUAAGGCGUAAAUUAAGUGAUAGACAACAAGAUUCUCAAAUUGAAGAAAAUAUUCAACCUAUUGAUUUACCUUCUGAUGAUCUUAAAAGAAGACGCCCUUCUAAUGGUUUACAAUAUCUUUUCACUCAAACUAAUGGUGAUAAAAGAUUAUGUGAACCUUUAUAUUUGGGUAAUAACGGAGAUAAUAAUUAUCCUACUAGUACCAAUAAUCAAUUGACCUCGGUUCAAACAAAUCUAGAUAAUGAUAAUUUAGAUUCACCUGAUACUCCUGCACCAGUCACUCAUCCUGAAAUUGCUUUCGUGGUUUCUACAAUUAUUCCAGGAUUCCUUUAUCUUGGUCCUGAAAUUUCAAAACAAGAAGAAGUAGAAGAAAUUGAAUCAAAAGGCAUUAAAAGAAUUUUAAAUAUGGCUUUUGAAUGUAAAGAUACUUUAGGUUUAAAUGAAAAAUUUGAUCAAUACCUUAAAUUAAAUGUUAAAGAUUCUGUUGAGGAAGAUGUAGAGAAUGGAUUAAAAGCGGCUGUUGCAUUUAUUGAACAAGCCGAAAAAGACAGAAUGCCAGUAUACGUUCAUUGUAAGGCUGGAAAAUCGCGUUCCGUGACUGCUGUCUUAGCUUUCCUUAUUGAAUCACGUCGUUGGACUUUAAGUCAUGCUUACGAUUAUGUUAUGAAUCGUAGAAGUGGUAUUUGUCCAAAUAUUGGAUUUGUGGCUGAAUUAAUGAAGGUUGAAGAAGGUGUUCUUGGCAUAAAAAGGAAUAAUUUCGCGAAUUCCGAAUUUGAUAUUCGAGGUCAAGAAAUGAUAAAUAUGGAAGGUGUUGAACCUCUAAACAAAACUUCAUGA